AUCCUGGGCAACGCACUUGUUCUGUCAUCAUCGUCCACUUGAAACCAAAAGAGAGAAGAUUUGUGAUCGCUAAGAAAUUUCUCUAUUUUCAGAUCAAAAUUGAUGUCGAAAUCUAGGGUUUAUACAGAUGUUAACGUUGUUUGUCCAAAAGAGUAUUGGGACUACGAGUCUCUCGUUGUUCAAUGGGGUCAUCAAGAUGAUUAUGAGGUUGUGAGGAAAGUUGGUAGAGGAAAAUACAGUGAAGUUUUCGAAGGCAAAAACGUCAAUACGAAUGAACGUUGCGUUAUCAAGAUCCUCAAACCCGUCAAAAAGAAGAAGAUAAAGAGGGAGAUCAAAAUACUGCAGAACCUAUAUGGUGGACCAAAUAUUGUUAAGCUGUAUGAUAUUGUCAGAGAUGAGCACUCCAAAACACCUAGCUUGAUAUUUGAGUUUGUCAACAGUGUGGACUUUAAAGUAUUGUAUCCUACAUUGACUGAUUACGAUAUCCGGUACUAUAUUUAUGAGCUUCUUAAGGCACUUGAUUUCUGCCAUUCUCAAGGAAUAAUGCAUAGGGAUGUCAAGCCUCACAAUGUCAUGAUAGAUCAUCAGCUGCGUAAACUUCGUCUGAUAGAUUGGGGUCUUGCUGAGUUCUACCAUCCUGGAAAAGAGUAUAAUGUUCGAGUUGCUUCACGAUACUUCAAGGGUCCCGAGCUGCUAGUGGAUCUACAGGAUUAUGACUAUUCUUUAGACAUGUGGAGCCUUGGCUGCAUGUUUGCUGGCAUGAUAUUUCGCAAGGAACCGUUCUUUUAUGGUCAUGAUAAUCAUGAUCAACUUGUCAAAAUCGCCAAGGUGUUGGGAACCGAUGAGUUAAACACUUACCUUAAUAAAUAUCAGCUGGAUCUUGAGCCUCAACUGGAAGCACUUGUUGGGAGGCAUAACAGGAAACCAUGGUCCAAGUUUAUUAAUGCCGACAACCAACACUUGGUCUCGCCAGAGGGCAUUGAUUUUCUCGAUAAGCUUCUUCGGUAUGAUCAUCAAGACAGAUUGACCGCAAGAGAAGCUAUGGAUCAUCCAUAUUUCGCUCAAGUUAAAGCCGCAGAGAGCAGCAGACUACGAACUCAGUAAAACCCAAGCUUGAUUGUUGUUACUACUAUUUUUGAACCAAAAACAUUGUGAUGUUGUUGUUGUAACCCCAAAAACACCAGAAGUUGUAACAAAAUUGUGGUAGUUGUUUUAUACU